GAGCGUGAAUCUGACAGUAAUUACAGUUGGUCGGACCUUAUGGGAAGCGGUGUGGUAGAGCUUAUUGGCACUAUGGAAGAAGAAACGGUCAUGUUGGUCAUGAUCCCUGGAGAUCUAAAAGCAGGCGCCUGCUGUGACACAUAUACCCACUGCGAGAUUCAUCCAGCAAUGAUACUUGGAGUCUGCGCCUCAAUCAUCCCAUUUCCGGAUCAUAAUCAAAGUCCGAGAAAUACGUACCAAGGUGCUAUGGGUAAGCUAGCUAUGGGUGUUUAUACUACGAAUUUCCAUGUUCGAAUGGACACGCUUGCACAUGUCUUGUUUACCCGCAAAAACCUCUGGUUACCACUAGAUCAAUGGAAUAUGUGAGAUCGGUUCGUUCAACGUUAUCCCCUGACGCCAUUUGUAAAACCAUCGCUCAAGUGAUUUAUCGUUCUUACUGUGACCAAGAAGCCAACUUGGACGGUGGUAACAGGAGCUUAUCAAAAAGCCAACGAGAG